AUGGGAAGAUAGUUAACAGUAAUCGACUACUUUUUUUUUAGGAACUUUGUUGUGACUUAGUUAUAUUAGGAAGUAAAUUUGGAGGAUAAAUAAAUUAUAAUUAGUAGACUUGUUAUACUGACGAAUUCGAUUAGAUUGAUCUUAUUCCUUGCAGCUUAUACUAAGCAGUCUCUGGAUUAUUAUACAGAAAUUCAAGGAGCUUCAAGGUAGAGUGAUAAUUAAGAACUAAUUUUUAGGAAUACAUAUAAAUAUGCAUACAUUUUAUAUUAUAAUUCGCAAUCUAUGUAAAGGCAGAAUUCCACUAUAUCAAGAAAUAGAAUACUUUUAUAUAUCUAGCAAUGAAACAUAAAGUCAAUUAAAUAUAAUAGCAAGCACAUUAUUGAUUAGAAAUAGCGUAAGCGUUUUUUAGGAUGUGCUAUUUUAGCAGUUCUAUCAUGAUUCCAAAAUAGUAAUCAAUUAUCAAUUAAUACUUCUAAUAUUUUUGAACAUCCAUAACGCUAUUCUAUUCCUGUUUUUCUUAUAGUUGCUAUUCUUAGUCAAAUCAUCAAUAGAAAAUUUAGUAUUGUUGAAGUAAUCGAAUAAGUUUCUAUUUCAUUGA